AUGUUACAGUCGACACUACAUGCCGGCUUUUGGCAAUCGAUCCGUGGUCAGACUACUACUCUCCCCAACCUAUAUCAGCUCUUUGCCCACUGGAAACCUCGGCUCCACCCCGAAUAUCUUAGAGCCCGCGACGAAGUUCUCAAUCCCUGGAUUGAACGCUGGGUACCCAAUGCGGUCACAAGUCGCAAGUUCCAGAAAGCGGAAUUCGGAGUGUUCGCGGCGAUCAUGUGUGCAGAUGCACCUUUUACCAAAUUAUGCACUGUAGCGAAGGCUUUUGCAUGGUACUUUAUUUGGGACGAUCUAUUUGAUUGCGGAUCUUUGACCGACGAUCAGCGCAGUAUCAGCAAAUACCGGGACGUGUCACUGCAAUAUUUUCGGGCAGUGCUCUGUGGAAAGGGCGAGUAUCCAGAUCUGUCGUGCUUCUCGCAGGAGUUGCAAAAUGCCUUGAAGUGUUGGGACGAAGUUGCGGCCCACUUGCGGGAGGUUUGCUCGCGAGAAACACUAGAAGUUCUUUUGGACAAGAAGCUGUUCUAUGUAUCAAGUGUGGACACUGUCGACACCAUUUACGCUGAGGACCAGACUCCCUCGUUGAUCAAGUAUUGGAGACGGCGCGAACGCACUGCAGGUGUAUACCCAGUGAUCGCGACAAUUCCUUUCAUUUACGGGAUCGACGUCUCCAAGCAAGAGUUGUCGUUCAAUCUAAUGCGACUGCUAUGGAGACACACAUCAUAUUUGGUACACAUGAUCAACGAUAUGUUCUCGCUUAGAAAGGAAAUCGCAGAUAACCAGGCCGAGAACCUUGUCCCAGUUCUGAUGCUCAAUCAAGGCAUUGAUUGCAACAAGGCCAUGCAACUCUCCUAUCACUUAGUUGAGGAAACCACCCGUGGCUUUCAUGAGGUCGAGGACAACAUGCUGUGUAUGUCCCGGCAGACACCGAAUAAAGUGUCCAAUGCAUUUCUGGAAGGAUGUAAGAACAUUGUUAUGGGGUUAACCCAUUGGAGCUAUUCUGGACGACGAUAUUUCGACCCUUCAGAGAUCGGCGACAGCAAUGUGAUCGCUUUCAAACUCUGUUGA